GUUUGUUUUCCUUAUCAGCAGGUUUCUACAAGGGAGACCUGUGGGGAAGUGCCGAUGUAUAAAGUCUCGUGUUUUAUCAGUUUAGCUGAAUCACAUGCCACGCUACGGUCAAUGUGCUUAUCAGUAGUAUAUGGAUUUCAAAAGACUGCACACUGCAUUCAACUGUGCAGUUUAGUGAUGGCUGUUACAGCAUUACCUCCCCAGUUACCAGUGGUUUGAUUUCCUUCUAUCCCAUUAUGGAAAAAGCACUUGCCAUAGCCAACGUGGUCUUUGGAUUGGUUACCUUUUGCUUCCACGAUCCUGAAUCGGCCACUGCCACUGUAGGUAUUUGUGGAGGAAUUUACCUGAUGGUGUUUGGUCUUCUUCUCAUUAGUUCAAAGUUGAAAAAUAAAGUCAUUAUCAUAGGACUGGGAGUAAAAGCAACGUUCAUUGGUAUCGCAUUAAUCAACCUUUAUACCAAGAGUUUCGACAGCUAUCAAGGAUUACUCGACAAUUGUCAAUUAAUAGCUACUGUUAUUUAUGGAUUAAAACAAUGUGAUAGAAUUGCCUGGGAUCCAAUCAUGGCCGUUCUUGGCCUUCUAAUUAUCGUUGUCAACUCAUUCUUGGCCGUGAUUACUUAUAUCUCAAAGAGCAAUUCAAAUUCAAAGACAAUCGUUGGAUUCGAUUGAAAAUUAAAAAAUGUUAGUGUUUGAAAAAACAAAUUCUUUUUAGGUUACAAUUCUAAUAUUUCUCUUGAUUUGAUUAUUACACGGUUCUGAUUUCCUAAUUA